AUGGAGAAUAUGAACAAUGUGACUGAAUUUGUCUUCUGGGGGCUUUCUCAGAAUCCAGAAGUAGAGGAGAUAUGCUUUGUGGUAUUCACCUUCUUCUAUACAAUCAUUCUUCUGGGCAACCUCCUCAUAAUAACAACAGUCUGCACUGGGAAUCUUUUCAAUUCGCCCAUGUACUUCUUCCUAAAUUACUUAUCUUUUGUAGACAUUUGCUAUUCCUCUGUAACAGCCCCAAAGAUGAUUGCAGACUUAUUGGCAUUUCAGAAAAGCAUCAGCUAUGCAGGUUGCAUGAUGCAACUAUUUGGGGUCCACUUCUUUGGUUGCACAGAGAUCUUUAUUCUCACAGUGAUGGCUUAUGACAGAUAUGUAGCCAUCUGUAGGCCUUUACACUACAUGACCAUCAUGGACCGGGGCAGGUGCAAUAAGAUGCUGGUGGGGACAUGGGUGGGUGGUUUUAUCCAUUCCAUCAUCCAAGUGGCACUGGUAGUCCAGUUGCCUUUCUGUGGCCCCAAUGAAAUUGAUCAUUAUUUUUGUGAUGUGCACCCUGUACUGAAACUUGCUUGUACUGAUACCUAUGUUGUAGGGGCUGUGGUGACAGCCAAUAGUGGAGCCAUUGCUCUAGGGAGCUUUGUUAUCUUGCUAAUCUCCUAUACAGUCAUCCUGGUGUCCCUGAGGAAGCAGUCAGCUGAAGGCAGGCACAAAGCACUCUCCACCUGUGGUUCCCACAUAGCUGUGGUCAUUAUAUUUUUUGGACCCUGCACAUUCAUGUAUAUGCGCCCUCACACAACGUUUUCAGAAGAUAAGAUGGUGGCAGUGUUUUAUACCAUUGUCACCCCCAUGUUGAAUCCCCUGAUUUACACACUGAGAAAUGCAGAGGUGAAGAAUGCCAUGAAGAAGUUAUGGACCAGGAAAAUCUUUCUACAGAAACAAUUGGUACAAUAG